GAAAACGUUGUAAAGACGAUUUUUGUAUCAUUUUUUUAAUGAAACUGACCCGGACUCUAAAAAUGAAACACUCGAUAUGACACAUGUCUCACUAAAUAACAUAGGCCUAGAGAAACGUCACGCAGCAGUAUGAGCGUCUGAAUUUAGUUGAGUUGAUUGAAAUGAAUGCACAUUCUUGUCAAUGUUGAAUCUUAAUAUUAAAGUUAAAAGUAAACUUUAGUUUUUCAUAAGAAUAAUGGUUUAUCGGGUUUCCCCACGGGCAACACAUUUAGCAUGGAAUAUUCAUUUUUUUAAGGGAAUUAAAAUACGAUAUGCACAAUUACAAAAUCAGCUCGUUAACUAAUUAAAUGGCUUUCUUUGCAAUAUCAAUGGGGUAAUAAUUUACCAAAUAUGCAUGCACGCAUGUAUUUUAAGAGUAUGGGAUGUGUUUAUGAUAGAAUAAAGGCUUGUGCGAAAAUUACACGCAGGUUUGACUCUUUUGAACAAUCUUCCGCCUUUGGCGUCACAUGAAACGGUAGGAUCUCAUGAUGCAUUUAGAUGGCAUAGGAAAUAUUAACGUUCAAACCUAGAAAUUAUAUUAUCAACAAAUAUUUAGAAUCAAAUGUUAGGACACAACGACUUCUUAUUUGCUAUAUAACGUCCUGUCCGAUGUACUGCCCGCUAAAUGUGUUUUUCCAGGUUCUUCCACCCAUUUGAUCUUUCAAACUUAGACAAACUUUACGGUUUAACAAUACAACCUGAACGCAGCAUGACACAACAGAGAAGAUGGCGUGUUGUGGAAACUGUUUUUGUUGCCAAUGUUGCUGCAGAGAAGGGGAGACACGGACGCCUGAGGAGCUGACAAUCCUUGGGGAAAUCGGAGAUGAAGAAGAUGAGAUUCUACCCAGGAAAGAUUAUGAGAGUUUGGAUUAUGACCGCUGCAUCAGUGAGCCCUAUGUGGAGAUUGUGGAGGGGAUGGACAACAAGAAAGCCAAAAAGUAUGAAGCAGUACGGUGGCUGAUGAUGUUCGCUAUCGGAGUCACAGUGGGUCUGGUAGGUGCAUUGUGGGUACCUCGGUCUUUCUUUGCUCAGCCCAACCUGUUGCAGAUGACCAGCCACUCAUGUCUUCAUGUCUCUCUCAGGUGGGUCUGUUUGUGGAUUUCUUUGUUCGCCUCUUCAGCAAAAUCAAGUUUACUGUGGUCGGUGAUUGUAUCCUUUAACAUAUUGUGCACAUCAGCUGAGGUGAUGAUAAACAGAAGCUUUCAUGAAAAUAAUGGAUACUCAAAAGUUUGUGAUGUGCUGAGUGUUAGAGUCGCAGCUAGUCGUGAUAAGGUUGUAUGAGA